GGCAUUGGUCAGCGGCUGCAGACAAGGAGGGGCGGGCUGAGGGACUGAAGGAUGUGAUCGGAAGAGGAGGAGCUGCAGGAGGAUGAAAAUCCACAAUGAGCCGGCGCUGCUGCAGACAACAAGUGUUCGAGAGAGAGAGAGAGACAGGAUAAAGGAAGGUUACGCUGCAUCCUGAGAGCCCAGGCCAAGGUUACCAUGGCAACCCCAGGGAAGCAACCGCAACGGAACUGACAGUGGUCCAGUGGUAAAGUUAAAGGAUGAAAGAAAAGCAGAUGACCUACAGACCUGCUAACCCAGUACUCAUGUUCAGCAGACACUGCAGCAGUUUGCUGAGGAGCUCAGUGGUGGACCCUUCACUCAGCUGUAAAGGUCCACAGAAGAAGCUGUGUAUUUAGGUGACAAAGGUGCCAGCAUGUCUCAGGCAGGUAAAGUCCUCCACCUGUAUGUGGAGGUGAGGUCUGUCGCUGAGGACGAAGGCAAGACAUUAGGGAGAGGAGAUGAGGAAACCAGCUUCAUGACACAUCAGUGUCCGGACAUCCUCCCUCACUCCCAGAGGAGCUCAGCCCACUCCAGCCCCAGCCCAAGUCCAGAACUGUUCCCAGUCUCACAUUCCCAAUCUAUGGAGCGAAGGCUCAACUUGCCUCUCUCAAAAUCCUCCAAACACUCAGUCAGUCUUCAGGUCGAAAAACCUGAUGCUACACACUGUCUCACACAGGUCCAGUUCCAGGAUAUGCUGUAUGACAGAUUGGACCAGGAACUUCAGGUUCUCACACCUGGAACCUCUGGUCUGAGUCCUCGUGGCUCACUGGCAGAUACCUGUUCCUGUGACCUGGAUCCGUACCACAGCCAUGCACUGCCCUCCCCAUUUUCUGUGUCAUGUGAGAGACUUAAUGUCCCCUCCACACCCACAACCAACCAAAGGUCACAUGAAGCCCACAGGAUUGCCAGUGAGGAGGGAAAGACAUCUGUGGUGACAUUCAGCUACGUAGACAAAGCUAACAUCAACAGAAUGGGCCGCCGUACUUCAGAGUGCCAGUACAGGUCAGAAAAUCCUUUUCUCAGACUGGAAGGAGAGCUGCUGCCUGUCCACCUUCAGAAGAGGCUAAGUGACCCCGGUAGAUAUGACGCGAAUGACUCUUACCUCAGUCAGCUCUACUCAUCGUCUGGCAGCCCGUCCCCACAUGUAUGGCCUUAUCUGCAGAGGUCCAUCAUGGAUGCUAUGGCCAAAGAAGCCACUCACAGGGCCAUGGAGGAAUUUGGUUCUCCAGAACUGAAUCGGCGAUUUGCAGCUCAAAGGCAAAAGGGUUACACCCCAAUUCCACCGCCACAGUGCAGGUCCUGGGCAGGAUCACCUGUCUCAUCUCAGAUCUCCCUCACUCUCCCCUCAAAAACCCAGCUCUCAGAGCUGCACAAGGGAGUCUGCUUUAGUUCAGUAAACGGCUUACCCAGAAGUCCUGCCUCUGACAAACUGUCAGCCCACUCUGGGUACUCAGUGCUGCCAACCUCAGCACGCUGCCCUCCUGCCACAAACCACCAUCAGCACAGCCCCACCUUGAACAGCAAAUUUCAUCCACCUUUACCUGCUGGGAGACCCACCGCCAUUCAGCAUGAAAUCCCAGCUAUUGGCACCACCAGGAACCAGCCCUUGGACUGUUCUCCGGGGGGUGGCAUCACCCAGUGUAGUCUGGGCACAAGCUGUAAUACUCAAACACACAACAUGAGUUGUGAAACUAAUGAUGUUAUUCACUUUAGUGGUCGCAGUCAUUUCAGCACUCCCAAGAAGACUUGGGGCAACCUGUCAUGGUGCAGUAGCAGAACCAAUGACGGUCUCGUCACCUCCCCUUCCUCAAGCCCUGAAAUACCAACUCGACUGUCUGCCACUUACCGAGACAGACAUCCGCCCUCCCCGACACCACCACAAGCUGAGCCCCUGAGGUCAGGCAGUGCCAAGGUGGAAGCAUCUCUGGUAAAAGAAUCCCACCAGUAUGCCGAUCUUCAUGGGCAACACUCCCCUGAGCUGCCGUGUUCAUGGGUCACAGGUCAGAGCCACCAACUGAUUAAAAUCCAGCGGAGAUGUGACUCUCCUCUCGCCUCAAAGAAACACCUCUUUUUGCCAGCAGGUUUGCAGGGUGUGGACAGUCCUUGGUCACUGCUCCUACACCCACAGAAUCAGAGUUCUUCACCUGGCAAGGAUUUGAACGGACUUCAGCACUACCAGACUCCACAGUACAACAAAGACCACAAACUACCCGGGUUAGGGUGUAGAAAGACGAGUGAUCCCUUUGAUAAGAACACAGAUACUCUGCCUGUCAGCUGGACCUUUAGACACCAGGACAAGGAGAAGUUCUGUCAAGAAAACUACAUGCAGUCCUCCGCUGGGUCUUACACCCAGAGCCAAGAGGACAGUCGACAGAACCAUGGAUUGGGAACGGUCCAGGAUUGCACUGGUUUUACUGGAACAUCAUCUCAGAGCUCCAGCGGAGUGACGGGCAGUUUGGGAGACGGUUCCCAGUUGGACAGAAAUGACGGCCUGUCCCCGGAAACCUCCAGCCAUGAGACAGAGGACUCUGGUUCAGGGAUGCAGUCGGGUGACAGUUUGGUGGCAGCUCAGCCUUCACGAUCUCAAAAACUCGCCCGAGCCAAGUGGGAGUUCCUUUUUGGUCCGAGGGAGGAGAGCUGCUGCAGCAAAGGAUCUUCCACUACGACACCUCUGACGUUCAGUCCCACCCCUCUGUCCUCUGCCUACCUGAAGCCCACUAGUCAUCGGAGGGGGUGGCACGAUGUUCAAAGGUUACCACAUCACCAGGUCCAGCAAAUUGAAGUGGACCUGGUGACUGCUGACCUCCAAGAUUCCACCCCAAAAACGGGCAUCAUCAGACGCACCAUCCAGUACUCUGAGACGGACUUGGACGCUGUGCCAUUACGCUGCUACCGCGAGACAGACCUGGACGAGGUGAUGCGUGCGGAGGCGGAGCCAGCGGAGGAGGCAGAUUCUGCAUUUGGGAGUACCCGCAGUGUCCUGGAGAACUCCAUCUUCAGUCCUGCAGACGUGUCUCCGAAACCCUUGACAGGAGUGAGACAGGAGGACGAAGACGACGAUGAAGAGGCAGAAGAGGAGGAGGAGCAGGAGGAGGAGGAGGAAGAGGGCGUGGUCAGCUGGGCGAGUGUCCGAAUGCAGGGAGACAGAACCAGACAGAGAGCCGCCAGAGAAGAGACAGACGUCUGCAGUCUGCUGCUGAAAGGCCCGUUGGAUGCCUCAUCCAACACCCACGGCGGUCUGAAGUCGCCCAUCUCUAUCAGCAGCCCCCGCUGCCCCUCUGACAGCAGCCUGGACUCCUUCAGCCGCCACUUCGAGAGCAUCAUGGAGUCGCACCGCGCCAAAGGAACGUCGUACAGCAGCCUGGACAGCAUUGACCUCUUGACUUCUGGGUCCACAUCCAUUUUCACCUUUGACCUGCCCACGCUCACCCCACAGAUCCAGAGUCAAAUCUGUGAGAAUGCCAAGCAGAUCCUGGACCUGAGCUUUGCCCCACUGGUGCGGCCAGACGGCCCCUUGGAGACGUCACGCUAUGAAACCACCCUCAGUGCCUCGGGGGUGGGACACCUUAACGGCUGCUCCAACGAUGGCUUCGCCCCGCCUCGUCGACCCACUACUGAGAGAGAGCUGUGGUGUCACUCCGCCCCUAAAGAUGGCUUUCGAAAGGCCACCUCGGUCCCCUCGCUCAACACCAGCCCCCGGGAGCAACUGGCGCACUGCCCCCCUGAGCUGCUGGACAGUCUAGCAUUCAGUGGCAGCGAUGACGGUCUGGCAAAUGGGAUGAAGACAGACCAACAGGCCGCCAAACGGCUCGCCAAACGGCUCUACAACCUGGACGGCUUCAGGAAGUCUGAUGUGGCUCCACACCUCAGCAAGAAUAAUGACUUCAGUCGGAUGGUUGCUGAGGAAUUUCUGAAAUACUUUAACUUCAGCGGUCUGACCAUCGACCAGGCGCUCAGGUUGUUUCUGGCACAGUUUGCUUUGAUGGGAGAGACUCAGGAGAGAGAGCGCGUCCUGUCUCACUUCUCCAAAAGGUACCUGCAGUGCAACCCCGACUGUCCGUCCACUCAAGACAGCGUUCAUACUCUGACCUGUGCCGUCAUGCUGCUGAACUCUGACCUUCAUGGAAAUAACGUGGGGAAGAGGAUGUCCUGCAGCCAGUUCAUCUCCAACCUGGAAGGGCUCAACGAUGGAAAGGAUUUCCCCAAAGAUCUCCUGAAGACGCUGUACAGCUCCAUCAAGAAUGAGAAGCUGCAGUGGACAAUCGACGAGGAAGACCUCCGGAAGUCUGUGCUGGAGCAGGCUGACGCUCGGACCGACUCCGCCUCUCACACCAUGAAGCGGCUGGGUGGUGGAGGAAACCCGCUCGUGGGCAUGGCUCAACAGGCCAAUGGUGAGCUCUAUAAGAGUGGCUUCCUGGUCCGCAAAGUCCACGCCGACCCUGACGGAAAGAGAACUCCACGGGGUCGGCGGGGCUGGAAGUCUUUCUACGCCAUGCUGAAGGGUCUGGUGCUCUACCUGCAGAAGGAUGAGUACCGCACAGACGGCGAGCUGACCGAGGAAGAUGUGAAGAACGCCGUGUCCAUCCAUCACUCUCUGGCCAUGAGAGCCGCCGACUACAGCAAGAGACCCAACGUCUUCUACCUGCGCACGGCCGACUGGAGGGUCUACCUGCUGCAGGCCCCGAACGCAGAGCAGAUGCAGUCGUGGAUCACACGCAUCAACACUGUUGCUGCCAUAUUUUCGGCUCCACCCUUCCCAGCUGCUAUUGGCUCUCAAAAGAGGUUCAGCCGUCCUCUGCUGCCGGGGUCCAACACCAAACUCACCCAGGAGGAGCAGGUCAAAUCCCACGAAACCCGCUUCAGGGCGGUUUCCUCCGAGCUGGUGGAACUCACCAACGUCAGCCAGGAACGCAAGGUCAGAGGCCGUGACCAGGAAGAGCAGAAACUGCGACAGGAGUACCUGGAGUUUGAGAAAACGCGGUAUGGUACGUACGCCAUGCUGCUCCGGGCCAAGCUGUCCAGUGGGGACGAGGACCUGUUGGCGUUUGAGUCACGGCUUUUUGAUGACUGUGGCCUCCAGAGGGCAUAUUCCAGCCCCACGCUGCCCCUUAACCCCACCGCCAAGGAGAAGAACCGCGGGACCAAGACCUCCAAAAGCCUCAAAGUGUCCUCCUCGUCCUCCAAGAGCGACCGAGACGGAAGCAGGAAGGACAGCUGUGGUAGCCAACAUGGCAAGCAGCAGACGGCUAAACAGGAAGAAGACGGAGACACAGCGUAAGACGGGGAGAAUAUCACAGAUGAUGUCACAAAGAACUUUUAGUUCCUGAGACAGGAAGAAGAGCGCUGGCGUCCACAGUGAGUCAUGUGACCACACUUUUCAGGGACUGUGGGCUGUGUUUUUGUGAUGUGACAGUAAAUCAGGAUCAACUGGAAUCCAGGAACCUUCUGGAUCAAGUUUUCAGAGUUCCUCGGUACUUUCUCUGACUUUCAGCAUCUACGUUACUCUGUUGCCCCUAGCACUUGAUUGGGAGCCGGUUACCAUGCCAACCACUUCUGACAGGCUGAGAGAGUGUGGGACUGUUGCUGUGGUGAUCUGCGCAGUUAGGGGGCGCUGCAGCCAGAACUCCAAACACAAACAAGACAGGAAGUAGUACCUCCCUCUGGUACUGUGAGUACUCAGUAGUACUGUUAGCACACAGCUGGAACUAACAAUUAUUGUGAUCCCCCCCGCCUCCCCCAAAAAACAAAACAAGACAAGAUUGCUCGUGUCGUCUGUCCAACGUCCUGUUUGUCCAAAAACAAACUAACAAAUAAAUAUUCUGUUUCAGUCAAAGUGAUAAAAAUAGAACCUUAACGUCUGUUUCUGUGUUAAUUUUCCACGAUCAGUAACCAUAAGCACUCAGUCCACAGAGGACAGCUAAUGUCCAACGUGCGGAAGACAGCUAAUGUCCAACGUGCGGAAGACAGCUAAUGUCCAGAUGUUGACAUGAAAACAAACAACAUCCCAAACUGGACUCUAAAGUCAACCUCUGAUCCAAAUGGUGCAGCUGAUCCCAGCUUGUGAUUAGAACUGCUGCACUGCCCCCUGCUGGACACUGACCCAACAUGAAGCUGAUGACGCCAAGAUGAAACACACAGUAACCGUGGCAGCAGUGAGACGUUAGUGCUGCCUGUCUGUGUCAAAUGAAGACAUUUCUACCAGCUGACGUUUUCUCACGAAAUCGCUCUGAGUUGUUUUAACGGUAUCAUGAGAUGUUACGUCAGAAUGAGCCGGUGAUGAGUCCUGAUGAUGACGCGUCAUCGAAGGAAAAUCUCACCAAUCACAGAAAACUGUUCAGCGGUAGAAACAUCCAUAGAUUGAAAGAUGUAUUUUAGCUGUUAGCCUCGCACGAGCUUCAACAACCACAACGUUUUCUACAAUUACCAGAAACUGUUAAAUCGGCCUGAGGUUCGACAGAUUACCGUCGACCUCCAGGCCGAGAAUCAGUGACAAUAAUCAACCGCUACUAAUUAAUCAUGUGACCAGAGUUCAUGCCUGUCAUCGUGCUGCUGACCUGCGCCGACACACUCGUAGCUCCAGAGACACCCACGUGUGUAUAUUUUGCGUUGUACACUUUGCGUAUAAAUGCUGUAAAUAAACGUUGACUUUGAGAAGCCAUAUUGCAGUUGGGCUAACGGCCUCGCUCGUGCACGUCGCGGUUUUUGGGGAUGAGGGAGUCUGAAUUAUUUAUUGUUUUGUCAUCGUCUGAUGAUUGCUGACAGACUUUAGCUCCCGUGAAGUUUUCGUUUUUUGCCAGUGUUGCUGUGGUUCCAGCAUUAGCUGUUAGCUGGCUAAUAGUUGUACAUCCAAUAAUGUCAGAUUUUGAUCGUAGCCAAAAUAAAAUGUACAAUUUGGAGGCAAAAAAAAUAAAGAGACUCUGAAAAUGU